AUGAAGUUCGCAAAGUGCGUCGCCAGUCUGAGAAGUAGCGCCAGUAUUCAAGGGAAGAAGAAAAUCAAGGCCAUCUCCAAAGCCCUCAAGAACCUCAAUAAAACACCGGGCAUCGAGCCAACGCCUGGAGCGCUGAAUGCUUUCUCGCACCAAGGAACUCCGUUCACGCAUUAUGACUUCAGUCGUUCUCCGCGACCCCCUAGCGCUCGGUCGACACGAUCGCUCCCCGAGAUUGCAGAAGUUGCACCUGAUGAAGAUGAAGAGCCGGACAACAGACCCGAGGUGCGUCGUCACCACACGAGUCGCACCAUGUUCGCCGAAAGUCCGCCUAUCUACAUACCGGGCGCAGGAAGCUCAAACACGACGCCCGAAAGAACGCCACUCCACAAUGGGCAACCCAGACGCCAGGUGAACUAUGGGUCCAUUGUUGGGACACCUCCAGACGAGACGCCGGGCAUGAUGGGACCCCUCGAACUCCCAGAUCCGGCCUUGACUCCCUUGAGAAGUCGACCGGCAACUGAGAUCGGGGCCAUGCACGAUUCUCAGGGCAACACUCCCCGGCUACCUCCUCCUGCCCAAGUACCUCCAUCUGUAGACCCAUACCAUGUUGGAGAGACGAAUCACCCUCCCCGCGCGCGAGGCAGCCUUGGGGGAAGUCUGGCAAAAGCCAUGUUCAAGCGCCGGAAGCCAAACAAGACCCAGUCAGUUUCAGGGCCGUCUCUCUCGCGAGUCAACUCUCUUUCCGCCGCCGAAAGGUUUCGGAAGCUCUUUGUUCCUCGAGAUCUCACCGAGGCGACCGUCAGUGACAUGCAACUGUCGGCAUACCGGGAUCUCGAUGAGCGACAGGCAGACUUCUUCACCUUCUUGGACAAGGAGUUGAAGAAGAUUGAAGAGUUUUACAAGAUGAAGGAGGACGAGGCGACUGAGCGCCUCCAGGCUCUGAGAACGCAACUACACGAGAUGCGAGACCGUCGCAUGGCUGAGAUACUGAGGUCAAAGCACGAGGCUAAUGGGACGCAACCGCCAGAUCUGGACGACAUCAGAAAUCCGCCGCCGGACGUGCUCAAAGAGAAUGUCAAACCUGAUGGGAAUGGUGGCUCCAACAUCUUGCCAACUCGAAUCGAAGAUCUCAUUGGCCGUCGUCCAACGAUAGGCAAGACAAGCCAGGCCAUGGCACAGAUGAGUAGCCCUCCAGGGCCACGGGCACAGCAACGGAUCAAUGAUGGGAAGAAAGACUAUGUGCGGCGCGACAACGGCAAGGAAGUCAAGUACACCUUCGCCAAACGGAGAUUAAAGGUCGCGUUGCAGGAAUUCUACCGGGGACUGGAAUUGCUAAAGUCUUAUACUCUGCUGAACAGGACGGGGUUCCGCAAGAUCAACAAAAAGUACGACAAGGCCGUCCAGGCUCGACCUCCCCUGAGGUACAUGUCGGAGAAGGUCAAUAACGCCUAUUUCGUCACGAGCGAUGUUAUUGACAAUCACCUCAUGGCGGUCGAAGACCUGUAUGCGAGGUAUUUUGAGCGCGGCAACCACAAAAUUGCUGUGAAGAAACUCCGAUCUAAGGUUGGAGCUGGAGACUACUCGUCGGUGGCCUUCCGGAAUGGACUGUACCUGGCAUCUGGUGUCUGCUUUGGCGUGGCCGGUCUGGUUGAUGCCGCUUUCCGACUACAGGAUCCGCGCAUAUCCGUACAAACCAGCUAUCUACUGCAGCUAUAUGCGGGCUACUUCCUCAUCGUCCUUUUAUUCCUGAUAUUCGCGCUGGACUGCAGGUUCUGGGCUAAGAACCACAUCAACUACAUCUUCAUCUUCGAAUAUGACACUAGGCAUGUCCUCGAUUGGCGACAACUCGCCGAAUUGCCCUGUUUCUUCACCUUCCUGAACGGCCUGUUCAUCUAUCUCAACUUUCGACAAAAUGCGGACGAUUGGUUCUAUAUUUAUUGGCCAUUGUUUCUGAUCAUCACCACCGUGGUCAUCAUUUUCUUCCCAUUCCCCUUUAUAUAUCACCACGCGAGGAAAUGGUGGGCCGAGACCAAUCUGAGACUGGCCUGUGCACCAUUCUAUCCGGUUGAGUUUCGAGACUUUUACCUGGGAGAUAUGUACUGCUCACAAACCUAUGCCAUGGGUCAGAUUGAACUCUUCUUCUGCCUCUACAUCAACGACUGGCAGAAUCCUCCACAAUGCAAUUCCAGCCAUUCACGCCUGCUUGGCUUUUUUGCCGCUCUACCGGCUGUAUGGCGGGCGCUGCAAUGUCUACGCCGGUACUACGACUCAGGAAACUGGUUUCCCCAUCUUGCCAAUUGUCUCAAAUACUGUGGUAAUAUCGCCUACUACGCGACACUGUCAAUAUAUCGGAUUGACAUGAACUACACGACAUGGGCUAUCUUCGUCACGUUUGCUCUGGUCAACGGGCUGUACUGCUCUUUCUGGGACGUUUACCUAGACUGGAGCUUGGGCGACGUCUUUGUGGACAAGUAUCCGUUCCUGCGGCAGCGGCUGGGCUACAAGCAAGUCUGGAUAUAUUAUGCGGCCAUUCCUGCAGAUGUCCUGCUCCGACAACAAUGGAUCUUCUAUGCCAUCUUCACCAAGGACGUGCAGCAUUCAGCGCUCAUGUCUUUCUUCGUCAGUUUAGCAGAGGUCCUCCGUCGAGGGAUGUGGUCUCUCUUCCGCGUGGAAAACGAACACUGCAACAACGUGGGCAAAUUCCGUGCCUCGAGAGAUAUCCCGCUACCAUACGACCUUCCAGACUCGAGGCAAGCGUCCCCUCUACAGCAACGCCGGACUGUCACUCCACGGCCUCCCGAGCAGGAUCAAGAGCAGCACGUGGCCACCGGUGUGGACGUCGAAGCCCGUUCUCUGGACUCGAUGCGUCGACGACGUCCACCCACAACCCCACGGACUCCGGCGAUGCGUGCACUUCAGCGCGUCGGAACGAUUAUCGGCACGGCCCACGCCCAAGACUUCGAACGAAGAAGGAGGCCCCCGGAUGAGAUUGGUGCAGCGCAAGUUGGUGACGACCUGCGAGACAACGCUGGCAGCAGUGACGAGGACGAGGACGAAGACGACGAAGGGGAUGGGGGCGAUGGCGACGAUGAGUUUGCAGAACUACAGAGACAGAGAGAGCAGGAUCUAGAUCAUGCCGAAGCCGCCGAAGCCGAUCGACUGGUCGGCCGGGCUACUGCCGUUGGGCGAUAG